AUGAGCCUCAAGUCCCAAUCUCCCAUGGCUACAUCUGCAGCACCAGGACUCCUCACACAGGUUGGUAUGGCUGGAGGAGCCGCUGUCAUCACAGUUUCUUUCAUUCACCCAAUUGACGUCGUCAAGACUCGUAUUCAAAUUUCUUCUGAAUAUGGAAAGCUCGGUAUGGGAGGAACAGUCUCUAAGAUUACUGGAGAAGAGGGCGUUUUGGCCCUGUGGAAGGGAGUUAAUGCCGCCUGGCUUCGUGAGGCAUCUUACACGUCUCUUCGUCUUGGUCUUUACGAGCCUGUGAAGGUCAUUUUCGGCGCUAACGAUGCUGGAGCUCCAUUCUACAAGAAGUUCGCUGCAGGAAGUGCCGCUGGUGCCAUUGGGUCUGUGGCCGGAAACCCUUUUGAUGUUCUCAAGACCAAGCUUAUGGCUUCCUCUGGAAAGGAAGUUCCUUCCAUGGUUGGAACAGCGAAGGAACUUCUUGCCAAGCAAGGUAUUGCAGGAUUUUACCGUGGUAUUGACUCGAACAUUGCACGUGCUAUGGUCCUGAACGGAACAAAGAUGGCUUGCUACGACCAAGCUAAGGGUUUGGUUGUCGAAUCAACUGGAUGGACAAGAAACGCGCCACAAACCACUUUCUUGUCAGCCGUCGCUGCUGGGUUCUUCAUGACAUGCACUGUCUCUCCUUUCGAUAUGGUCCGAACGCGUCUAAUGAACCAACCUUCCGACUCUAAGAUGUACAACAAUGCCGUUGACUGUAUGAUCAAGAUUGCUAAAAAUGAAGGUCCACUUACUUUCUGGCGCGGAUUCAUGCCUAUCUGGUCCCGAUUCGCACCAACCACAACUCUGCAACUGAUCAUCUUUGAGCAAUUGCGAGGCAUGAUGGGAAUGAAGUCUCUCUAA